CAGGCGGCACAGAAACCCACAGUUCUGCGAGGAAAACAGGAAUUCGCACUUAAGUCAUUCAAACCACACACACUGCAUUUUAGGCAGAGUAUGGUUUGGCCAUGUGACCCAGAAACGUUCCGAUGGACCUACUUAGGGAGGUGGCCUGGCGCUGCAGACAGAAAAGCGGUGUGUGUGCUGUGCUCCCAGGGUCCAGGCCUCCAGCGGUUUCCUGCAGAAUCCACACGCUGGCCCCUUCACAGAACGUCCCUCCCAGAAAGCAGGCAACGUCUGCAACUUAAAAUAGGACCCAAACCCCACCCAUGGCACGUGGGAAAGCGCUCACAACCUGUCUGCCAGAGGCAGUGCCCGCCAGCCUCCCCCAGAGCCUCGGCUCCAGGCCCGAGCGGGCACCUCGACCCGGGGGCUGCCUGCUGCCCCCAACAGCAGGGUGGACGUCAGAUAGCUGGAGUCCUGGACGUGGAGCCAGGGACGACUCCUCAUCACCCAGCAGGCUGUGCCUGGAACCUCACUCAGGUCAGGCAGAGUCAGGGCGCGAUUGCCCAGAGAGAAGGACCAUUCGUGGCAGAUCUUCUCCAUGCGCGGGGUCAUCCGUGUCUGCUCACCCUCGCCCUCCUCACCCGAACCUUGCCGAGGAGGCUGGGCGCCAGGCAGGGAGCAGCGGCAUGCAGGGCCCUGCAGGAGACAGACCCCGAGCUGUCCCCAGAGGAGAAGAGGGUGCUCGAGAGGAAGCUGAAGAAGGAGCGGAAGAAAGAGGAGAGGAAGCGGCUGCGGGAGGCAGGCACUGCUGCGGCCCAGAAGCCGCCGGCCAGGCGCUCGGGCGCCGAGCUAGCCCUGGACUACCUCUGCAGCUGGGCCCAGAAGCACCAGGACUGGAGGUUUCAGAAGACGAGGCAGACCUGGCUCCUGCUGCACAUGUACGACAGCGACAAGGUUCCCGACAAGCACUUCUCCACCUUGCUGGCUUACCUGGAGGGGCUCAGGGGCCGGGCCCGCGAGCUGACUGUGCAGAAAGCUGAAGCUCUGAUGCAGGAGCUGGACGAGGCGGGCGCCGCCAGCCCGGACCCCCUCCUGCUGGAGAAGACCCAGCGCCUCCGGCAGGUGCUCCAGCUGCUCUCCUAGGGGCGGCCGGUGGUGAGGCCACUGCCGCAGCGCGGGGGGUCCAGCCUUUGCAGGAUGCAGCUGACCCCUCACCCAGGUGGGGGCCCAGCAUGGGGCAGGCAGGGUCGCCGGCCGGUGGGCGGUAGGUCCCUGCUUCUCCUGGCACCUGACCCUCAGAAGGACCGCCUCUCUCUCCUGACCCUCCUUGGCCAGAGACCGUUCACAGAUGACGAGUUUUAACCCGUUUACAGCAGAACGCGGUCACUCUGGAAUAACCUAGAGCCGCCACUCCUUACCUUCCCACUGCCCUCCAGCUGCCAAGGAAGUUGCUUCGUGAUGGAAAUGCCUAUUUUUCUACCAAAGAUCCCGCGCUCGCCCUUCACACCAGCCUGGUCUGCAGCGUUGGGGUGUGGGGGUCCCCAAGUUUGGGCCUGUAUUUGCCGAGGGGCCCAGGCCUGGCUUGUCCAUCUCUUGCCUCCCUCCUGGGGCCGUGCCACGGCCUCGCUGCCCACUUCCAGGGAAGACCUGGCUGUGUUUUCAAUAAAGACCUGCCCGUGUCGGCCGUG